GUUUCAAACUUUUUUUAAAGAACUUUUUUUAUUAGAGGAUAUUUUUUAUCAUUUAUCAAGCAUAUGUUCUGUCACUUGCUGAAAUCUGGGGUUUCUAUUCCUUUGGUAGGCCUUGGUACAUAUCAACUACGCUCAACUGGUGAAGAUGAUCUGGUACACCAAACAUUAGACCAUGCUCUUGGUUGUGGAUAUAGACUUAUAGAUACUGCAUCUGUUUAUCGAAAUGAGGCUGACAUUGGAAAAGCCUUGAAAACACUUUGUCCAAAGUAUGGACUCUCAAGACAAGAUCUUUUUAUAACCAGCAAACUUGGCCCAAAAAGUCAUGGAUUUGAGAAUGCAAAGAUGGCAUGUGAAAAAUCCAUCCAAGACCUUGAUUGUGGUUACUUGGAUAUGUAUUUGAUACACUGGCCUGGAGCACAGAAGCUUAAAAGUGAAGACCCAAUGAAUGCAAAACUCAGAGCAGAAAGCUGGAGAGCACUGGAAGACCUCAAACAAUCAGGGCUUGUUAAAGCAAUUGGUGUUUCAAAUUACACUACAAGUCAUCUUGAAGAGUUACUGGCAUUUGCAGCACAUCCUCCCACUUUGCUACAGGUAGAGUUUCAUCCCUUGCUGUACCAAAAGGACUUGCUGGAUUUUUGUAAUCAAAACAACAUUUGGUUACAAGCUUAUACUUCACUAGGACAAGGCAAGAUUCUUGAAGAACCAGUGGUGAAUGACAUUACUAAAAGAUAUAGCAUAUCACCAGCGCAAGUCUUACUCAAAUGGGGCUUGCAACAUGGAGUAGGGGUGAUUCCAAAGUCAACCAAUGCUCAACACAUAAAAGAAAAUAUACAGUUAUUUGACUUCACUCUUUCUGAAGAUGACAUGAAGAAACUGGAUGAAUUGAACAAUGAUAAGCAUUUUUGCUGGAACGCAAGCCAAGUAGCUUGAGCAUGUGAUGACAAUAAGAAACUGAAUUACAUUGAGGAACAUUUCAUCGAGGUAAAUGCGGCCAAUUGGAAGUGAUGCAAAUGUUUGACAUCGUUAUAUUUGGAUGACAGAGAGUGGACAACAGCAGGGAGAAACUGGAUGGCAUGGAUAAGAAAAAGAGCAUUAAUCUGCUGGGAUGCACUUCAAGUAGAUGAAUGUGAGAAUAAAAUAAUAGGGUUUGUAAAGCAGUUGCUGACAUGUUGUACUGUAGAGGACUUCAUUGAGAAGGACAUCAAAACAAUACAAACAUAUACCACAUAUUGCAUGUCGCAUAUUGCAGCAAUUCCUUGAUGACACAGUCUACUUAUGAGGAUAUGAUGUGGAUGCACAAUAUUU